AUGUUGCCAUGGGCGAAGGCCAACAUCAACCCCACCGGCCAGGCACUCAUCAUCUCAACAGUUGCCGGGAUGGCCUACUUCAUCGCGGCGGACAAGAAGAUCCUGUCGCUGGCGAGGCGGCACUCGUUCGAGAACGCCCCCGAGCACCUCAAUAACACCUUCCAGGGCACUGGCCGUCCCCACCCGGCCUUCUUCAGGCCUUGA